GUCAUCAUCUACUGUUCGACAAAAUUCUAAAGACAAUUUCUGGGAUCUACUUAGCGACAAUCAUCUUGAAUUAGUAUUUCUCCAAGAUGACUUUUGGAAACAACUCGACAAUAAUCAUCUUGCCGCCGCUAACCAAGCUGAUAUUCAAGCUUUAACUGGUAUCAUUCAGGCAUUAACUGGAGCCUUUGAAGAACCUAACUGGAAUGCUGUUAAUAAUUUGAUUAUUGGUCUGCAAGCCGCCGUUACUGCCAAUAAUAAGGCACUUACCUUGAGAGUAGUGGUCUGA